GGCAGCAGUUGGCGGGGCCGGGUGGCGGCUGCACGUGCGGGUGGGGGCGAUGCGUCACUGACCGGUGAAACGAGGCUCCGGGGUCGCGGUUCUCCGAGUGCCCGCGACCAGGGCCUUCCUCAGUCGGGACCUAACGCUUGGGGAGCCGGGGAAGAGGUGUCACGACGAGGAACGAGGAUGAAUAUGACUCAAGCCCGGCUUCUGGUGGCUGCAGUGGUGGGGUUGGUGGCGAUCCUCCUUUACGCCGCCAUCCACAAGAUCGAGGAAGGACACCUGGCCGUGUACUACAGGGGAGGAGCUUUGCUAACUAGCCCCAGUGGACCGGGCUAUCAUAUCAUGUUGCCUUUCAUUACGACAUUCAGAUCUGUGCAGACAACACUACAAACAGAUGAAGUUAAAAAUGUGCCUUGUGGAACAAGUGGUGGAGUCAUGAUCUAUAUUGACCGAAUAGAAGUGGUUAAUAUGUUGGCUCCUUAUGCAGUUUUUGACAUUGUGAGGAACUAUACUGCAGACUAUGACAAGACUUUAAUCUUCAACAAAAUUCACCAUGAGCUGAACCAGUUUUGCAGUGCCCACACACUUCAAGAAGUUUACAUAGAAUUGUUUGAUCAAAUAGAUGAAAACCUGAAGCAGGCCCUGCAAAAAGAUUUAAACACCAUGGCCCCAGGUCUCACUAUCCAGGCUGUGCGUGUUACAAAACCCAAAAUCCCAGAAGCCAUAAGAAGAAAUUUUGAGUUAAUGGAGGCAGAGAAGACAAAACUUCUUAUAGCUGCACAGAAACAAAAGGUUGUGGAGAAAGAAGCUGAGACAGAAAGGAAAAGGGCUGUUAUAGAAGCAGAGAAGAUUGCACAAGUAGCAAAAAUUCGAUUUCAACAGAAAGUGAUGGAGAAAGAAACUGAAAAGCGCAUUUCUGAGAUUGAAGAUGCUGCGUUCCUGGCCCGUGAGAAGGCGAAAGCAGAUGCAGAGUAUUAUGCUGCACAUAAAUAUGCCACCUCAAACAAGCACAAACUGACGCCAGAAUAUCUGGAGCUCAAGAAGUACCAGGCCAUUGCUUCUAACAGUAAGAUCUACUUUGGCAGCAACAUCCCUAACAUGUUUGUGGACUCCUCUUGUGCUUUGAAAUACUCUGAUGUUAGGACUGGAAGAGAAGGUUCCCUUCCCCCUGAGGAGACUCUUGAACCCUCUGGAGACAACCCCAUCCAAAACAAGGAGAACACAGGUUGAUGCAAGAGGUGGAAAUGUUCUCCCAUAUCAAGAUGCGACCCAAGGGGCUAAGUGGGAACAGUGGUUAUGUGGACUCUUAAGAUUCACAGAGAAUUUGUGUUCUGUUGUGAUUCUCUUGUCAUAGUCCUGGUUUGCCAGCUGACUACAGGAUAGACCCAGCUGUCUGGCACUCAACUAAUCUCUGCAGCCACAGUUUUAUCAAGUAUCCUGUAUGUGUUCCUUUGUAAACCGGUACUCAUGAAUGAGAGAAAGUCUGAUGCUAAGAUACUGCCUGCACUGGAAUGUCAAACACUAUAUAACAAGCUGUGUUUUAUAAAAGCUGAGGUCUAUUGAAUAAUGUUUACAUUGGUCCCAGAGGACAUGUGUGCUCAGACAUUCAAGAGCUAGGAGGCCAGAGAGAAGACCUUCAGAAAAUGGUAAGUUAAAGAAGACAAGUGUCAUUAGACACUUGGGACCAGGCUCUCUUUGAAGUCUAGUUCCGGCAUUCCUCCAUGUGGUUAACAGCCAGAUCUCUGGGUUCCUAGGAAAUUAUCUUCCAGAUGAACAACUAUUUACUUGAUACAAAUUGUACCUUUCUGUUUUUCUAGUCAGGUUGGUGGCCUACAGGGACACGCACUUUGCCACCCAACCAGAGUUCCUCACAGAGAUUCCCAAUCACUAGUCCAUUGCAUUAGUAGGCUCACAGAUAUAGAAAGCAGCUGAAAUUUAAGGGAGAUAAAGCCUGCACUGCACCAAAGCUGUGAGGCCCUUUGUUUCCUCUAUUCGGUGAUGUCAUCAUCCUCACUGCCCCCACCCACGUGUGACAAAAGUGCCGGUUUUAGCCGCAGACAACUGCUUAGAUGUCACCUUUUGGCUGACCAAAGCUGGGACAAGGCUUUAACCAAACAUAGGAGCAGUGUGCAAUUCCUAAUUCACUGCACAGUAUUAUAAUUGCAGCAAGUUUUUAUUUUUAAAACUGGAUUUGGGGCACAUUCAUUUACCCCAGCACUUCUGUCUAAGGGCCAAGGUCCUAGGGCUGCCAUGGUCGCUAACACAGUGAUUCUCCUUAAAGUGGUUCACAAAGUGUAGAACCACGUGACCUAGACAGCAUCCCUAGUCAUCUUUGUCUCCUUCCUGGGAUGCGGAAAUCAAAGUUGCUUUUCCAGCUUUCCCUUUCUCUAGGAGAUCAGAAUUCUUCUGACUUCCUGGGCAGCCACUGAAUUUAUUUUCCAUGAGAAGAUGACACAGUUAGCUCAUGGCUCUAGGAGAUUACUCCAUCCAGGCCGUUUGCCCAUCACAUAACUUCCCUGGAAUAUUGUGCUGCACAGGUAGAUCUGAGUCUGCCCAGCUUGUCGACUGUGUUGAAGCCAGGCAGAAAAGUAGUGGGGCCACUUCCUGAAACCUCAGCCGCUGAUCUCACAGCAGCUAAAGGGUCGUGCCAAACAUUUUAUUGAGGAAGGAAAGCCCAGAUUUGAAUGGGCUUUUUCCCUAAGCCUUAUAGUGUAGAGGCAUUUGUAAUGUGGAGAAAAUAAUUUUUCCUCAUUUAAUUAUAGAAAUUAUCUUUAAACAGAUUUUGUGUUCUUUGGCCCUUACAAGAAUUUUUAAACUAUACAAAUACUCCUGUUAUAUUGUUGCUGCAGAUAAAUAAUGAUUGUUGUGGGAUAUCUGGAUCAUUGAGCUUUGUGCUUUCAUUCCUAUAGAUGUUUCUUAUUCCCAUUUAGUGAAAUGCUGUUGCCCCAAUGUGAUGGUUGUGGGUUUUCUCACCAGUCCUAGGCCCUGGUGAGGAACAGGGAAGUGCCACUGUGAAAGAUUAAAGAAAGCACUUCCACUUGAGCUCCCUAUGGAGUGAGCUUCCCUGUGCCCACUCAGUGAACUGAGUCUGACCAUCCUUCAGGGACUUUCCUUUUGGUAAAUAAACACUGUAACCUUUAAGUCUAAAUUUAUAUGUGAAAGUUAACUUUUUUUAAAAACCUAAAUAAAAUUAUUUUCCUAUCA